AACAAUGUAAUGUGAUGCCAUUCCGGAGGACAGGAGUGGGCGACAAGAAUUGAUAGUUUACAAUAUAAUACAAUUAUGGGAAAUUAAAUAGCCUAGCGGAAUUUAUCGCUCAAUCAAAACAUCACGGUAGCCGAGUUGAAAUGGAGAGCCGUCGCACAGUAACACGAAGGUCGAGAAAUCAACGCAUCAGACUCAUCAAAUGACAUCUACUUCGGAAAGCGCCACACACUUGUUUGCCAACCUGUAGGUGUGGUGCAUCCCGUGGUGGGCUCGAGGGCGUUCAGUGUUUGGUGUCAACAAACGAACACAUCCACAUCAUCGCGCUCGGAUUCGUCCACGGAGGCAGAGGGACUGAAGUUGGGACGGACAUAGUCGCCCCCAUGCCCCGCUUCCCGGGGAGGACUGCAGACGUGGCUGCUAACCUGACUUCCCACGUGCUGGGUCGGCCACUGUGCGCUAACGGGACGCCCUGGAUCCUCUAUCUGUUCGAGGAAUGCGUGGAGAAUGUGUGGGAAUACUGGAGUGUAGUCAUCGGGCUCAUCUCCAUGUUCUGUUUCUUGCUGUCAACUCUACCACAAGUCAUUGAGGCUUAUCGCAAUGGUAAAGUGGAGGAGGCCAUGUCUAUUGGCUUUCUGCUCUUCCUCUUCAGUGGGGACCUCAGCAGUCUGACAGGCUGCGUCCUGACCAGCCAGCUGCCCAUCCAGAUUGUGACAGUAGUGUUCUACAUCUUCACUGAUCUCCUGCUCAUCUCCCAGUUCCUCUACUACAAGAUCAAGAACAGCUCAUCUAAAAAGCGCCCCAUGUUGAAGUGGUUGUGUUUCCUGUGGUGCGGGGCUUCCACUGUGGCCCUCCUGAUCCUCCCCAAGUUCAUCACUGACAACAACACCUCUGCCAACACUCAGAAUGCCUCUAACAGCGUGGAGAUCUCUGGUUAUGCCUGUGGAUACCUGGCCUCCAUAUUCUACCUCUCCUCUCGGUUUCCACAGCUCUACAAAAAUUUUAAGAGGCAGUCUACAGAGGGCACGUCGUACAUGCUGUUUGCCCUGGCCAUGAUGGGCAACGGGACCUACGGGCUCAGUGUCAUUGUGGUUCUGCCAGCUCUGACCGGCUCCAAACAGACCUUCAUCCUCAAACAUCUGGCCUGGCUCAUCGGCAGCCUGGGAGUCCUCCUCCUAGACUUCUUCGUCACCGCCCAGUUCAUCAUCUACAGGAAGAACAGCUCCGGUAAAACCAGCAAGAAGCUGAAAGUUCCUGAAGUAGAACCUCUGCUCUGUGAAGAGGAGGAGCUGUCCACGUUCUAGAGUGAGAACAUUAUGGAAGUUCUAGAGUGAGAACAUUAUGGAAGUUCUAGAGUGAGAACAGUAAGAGAAUUCUAGAAAUCCUCUCCAUAAUCAAUAAAUACAUCAAAUGUAUUUAUAAAGCCCUUUUUACAUCAGCAGAUGUCACAAAGUGCUAAACAGAAACCCAGCCUAAAUCCCCAAACAGCAAGCAAUGCAGAUGUAGAAGCACGGUGGCUAGGAAAAACUCCCUGUUGACCGGAGACCUAGAAUAAUCAGACAAAUGUGAUAGUACACCAAUGUUCCCUCCAUUUAAGUACAGGUGAAUUAAAGGGGGCAUCUUAUGUUUGAAGAAUGUAAUCUCAGUAGAUCUAUUCUCUCUUUCUUUGUAAGGGGGCUCAUAUGAUCAAUUCACUAUGUGAUUUCCUAGUACACUACAGCCCUAUAGGAUGUGUCAGUGUCUCACAUUGCUCUAGUCUAGUUUGUCAAUGGUUAGAGCUCUUGUGUUUUCCAGGAUAUGCAAUGCACUUUGAACUGUUCACACACCAUUGUCAUCUAGGUAAACCGUACAAGAGGGGACCACAACAGUGUUUGUUCCUGUAUGUAGGUUUAAAAAAUGUAAUACAUUGUACCAACAGUAAUGUAUCACAUUGACUAUUGAUGUGCCACAAAGUAGUGGGCUGCACCAACAGCAAAGUAUUUUACACUUGUGGUGAAUUUGAUAUAGUUUACCCUGGUUUGUUCUAGGAGCAGAUUCUGUUGUAAUUUAAUCCCUGUGUAAAUGAUAGUUGGUAAAUUGAUUGGAGUGUUACACAGUGUUUAUAUUGUGAAGAUGCAGUGGGGUUAAGCCUUAUACCAUGUGCUUUACAUCUACAUGUCUUUAUGUGUUGCUGCAGUGGAGGUCUGAGGGCUGUUUGACGUGUUCAGGCUGCUGCUUUUAAAACCAACAGUUCUUUGGCUGAAAUCUAAACGUUUUAGCUGAACAGCCUCCUUUCCUUAUCUCCUCUCCUUAUGUUAUGGCCCAGUCAUUUUACCUAUCAUUGGCCACAAAGAAUGGAAGGAAGGAGGGUUUUGACAGUAUUGAGUCACAGCCUUGAGCAUUGAGUUCACCCCUUAUUGUGGAGUUGUAUCCAGGGGUGUAUUCACUAGGAUCAAAACGAGGAGGGGCCUACCUGAAUUUGUCCAAUAGAAACGCUCGUUUUCGUUGCAAAAUGUUUUCAGUUUAGAGUAAACGGUUUCUGUUUAUAAAGUGUUUUGAAACGGAAACCGUUUACUCUAAACGGAAAACGUGUGCGACUAAUGAAUACACCCCAAUCUUCUAUGUGUGCAGUCACAUGUUCAGAAAGCGGAGGAUCAAAGUUGUGUGGGAACUGGGACCGUCUUAUAAGUUGAUGUGCAUGGAGUCGUAGAAUAGAACUGAGGGAAUAGAACUACAAGCGUUUUUGUGCAGGUCAUGUCACUGUUGUUAGUGUGUCAUGGAUGUGAUUGGUUGAUUGACAGCACAGAUUUCGUUUAUCUGGCCCAGGUUACCCCGGUGGGGGGGAGUUUGAACCGGGUGAAAAGUGAUUGUAUUCAUUUUGGAACAGGGCUGCCUCCUGGGCAUGAGCCAGUGCCCCGCUCUGGCCGCCGGUGAAGUCGGCCCAAAACAAAAGUGACGUAAUGAAGCACGUGGAAAGAUGAGUAGGAUUCUGUUUUCACUGAAGUGAAGCUUUUGAUAAACACCCUUUCUGCCUUCCCAAUGAAAACUAGUUUUGACAACUCAAACAUUUUAUUUUAUGGAAAAUAUAUCUAUGUUUCUGGACG